AGUGACCAGGUACACAACCAAAGCAUGGCUUGCUGUCAUACGUUGUCCCGAGACUGCUUACAGGGUAAGGAAACUUAUGUCAUUUUCUAAUUUGGGGGAACUAUCCCUUUAAGUGUAUUUGAUAGAAACCUAAUCAGGAGUUCAAUGUUUUGAUUAAAUCCAAACUCUGGACAGAAUAUGCAGCCUUUUCUGGCACAUCAGAAAUGUACCCUAACUAGAUUAUGCAAGUAAAGUUAGGCCUACUCUGAUUUUUACUGUGCAGUCUUUAUAGUACCAAGCCAGAACAGCUGAAACGUACCAUCUUGCAACAUGUUGAAAUGGGAUUUUGAUCUCAAGGGACUGUACGAAGUGAUGCAAUCCUCUGAUUUGAUGAGGAAGUUGACAUCAUUUCUAGUCAUGAGUUUGAAUAGUCUCUCUGCUUUAUCGGUGUAUAAAAAAACAACACACCAGGCUUUAAUAAUAUUUUUGAACUGUUAUUUAAAAAUGUGGCAUCGGCAGUCAAUCAAUGUUCACUUAUAGGCUAGCUAGCUCAGUGGUUCAUAUCAGUGGUUCAUCAUUUGGGGAAGUUUUCAAGUCUUUGCUUGUUAGUUUCACUUUCAAAAGGGAGGGGUAAGUUGCUUUUUAGUAAUCGUUCUAUAUUUAUAUUUGGACUCUUUAUUUGUAUAUUUUACAUUACAUAUUUUUACAUUCAUUUUACACUUUGUGCUGCCUUAAUGUCACUGAUGCCAUGCUUUGUUUUGUAAUAAUCAUGUAAUUACACAUGUUAAGUUCUUGUGAUCUUAGUGGCAUCGUAGGUUAUUAUGGAAUCUUGCUUUGUUUUGGGAAGCCCAAUAUCACAUAAACAAAUAUAUUUAUGCUAUUUAUUUUCUAUUUAUGUUGACUUAAUAAUUAGAAUAGAAUAACAUACAGCAACAUUUAUAGUUGACAAGUUUGUUUUAUAGCUUAAGCUACAAUGUCACAUGAUUAUUUUUAGGCUUACAUCAAGUUUUGAAGUCAUAAUAAUUGAAUUUCUUAAUGAUAUUUCCUGUUUUAGGCCAUGUGGAUCUGUAUUGUGCCACUUUAUGCUGAAAACAAUUCCUCAAUUUAUGGAAAGGAAAGGGAAAGAAGACCUUCACCCACUUAUUAAAACCACUGCCAUAUUCAAACCACUUUGCUUGUGAGUCUUGUGUGUUAUUGAAUAAGUGGACAAUAGACAAAUAUAUUCUGUUAAACCAGUCACCGCAAGAGUGAGUCUCCCCAGUCCCCACAAUGGCGGUGGGGCCAUGCACUAUAGCACUACAGGAGCGUCGUGUGCAACUGGUGGAGAGCUGGAGCCAAAAUGUCACCCACCUCCAGGAGCUUCUUUACCAGAUAUCACAUUGUCCAGGUGCGUGGGCUACACUGUUCCCCUGCAGUACCACCAGCACGAGGUAGCCAUGGUGGGUGACGCCUUCCGGAGCCAGGACCAGGUCUGUACCUUUCAAGAUGUCUGCCAGAGUCUGCUGUCUGUUCCAGCAGAGGACGUGAGUCUGCUCUCGGGGGUGGCUGGCAGUGGGAAGACCACGGUGGUGAGACGGUUGGUUCAUGAAUGGGCAAAGGACUCUGGAUCCCAGAAGAUAGUCCUGUCCCUAUCCUUCAGAGAGCUCAAUCUGCUCAGUGAGCCUCAGAGCCUGCAGGAGCUUCUCCUGGUGCACUACAGCCACCUCAAACCUGUUCUGCCCUGGGUCAUUGACUCCCAACCUGGCCGGAUCCUACUCAUCUUGGACGGGCUCGAUGAGUUCCGCUUCCCCCUGGAAUUUGAGCGGAGCCCCAAGUGCUCGGACCCAGAGCGGAAGCUGGGCAUGGGAGAGAUGGUGGUGAACUUGAUCAAGGGUCACCUCCUCCCCGGUAUCUCCAUCCUGGUCACAUCGCGGCCCCACGCCGUCUCCAAGGUCCCUCCCCUGCUGGUGACCCAGCUCUACAGCAUCCUGGGCUUCUCUAAAGACCAGCAGAGGCACUACUUUGAGCAGAGCUGCAACUCUCCCCUGGUGGCAUCUGCCGUGUGGGGCUACGUUUCCUCCUACCAGCCCCUCCAGCUCAUGUGUCGUAUACCAGCCUUCUGCUGGAUCGUCUCCACUGCCCUUUGUGAUAGAGCCCCCUGCUGCCUUAGCCAAGUCACCACCACCACUCUGCCCAAUACAGCUAGGACAACGCCAGCAGGCUCCAGUGAUAGCUCCGCCUCCAACAACAGGGCUGAAGAAGCCACUCCAACACCUUCAACCUUCUCCUCCACUGUUCCCAGGGUGAUGUUAAUGAGCGGCCAUGUCAAGCCCAUCACCAUCACAGAGAUCUACUGUUGCUUUCUCAAGUCCAUCCUGGUGUUCCACGGAGAGGGCCACAGUCAGGAAGGCUGCAGCCCUCAGUGUCUUCAGGAGGCCCCGCGGGUCCUACGGGAGAUGCAGCCCACGCUGAGAAACCUGGGAGCCCUUGCCUUCAAGGGCCUGCUGGAGCGACGUUUCCUCUUUGACCAGGCUGAUCUGAGCUCUUUCUCCCUGGACUGCAGUGGGCUGUCCAAGACCUUCCUGGUGGAGAUCCUCCGAGAGGACCGGGCCUCGCUCACCUGCCAGAGGAGCUUCCAUUUCAUCCACACUAGUGUACAGGAGUUCCUGGCUGCUCUGUACUAUGUCCUGCAGGCCCUCUCCGGCUCAGACCCGUUCUCAGGGCUCAAGUCAGCCGUUGGUGUAGCCCUGUUUCCAGUCGCCCUGCACAAAGUGUUAACCUCCACUGCUAAUAAGCUGCUGAGGCCCAGACGGCUCCUGCGCAGAUAUGUCAAGAAGGCUUUCUCCUGGGGUGGACACCAUCAGUCUGGUCACAUGGACCUCUUCUGCAGAUUUGUAUCUGGCUUAUUGGUACCUCAAACCCGUGUCAUCCUGGAUGGACUAUUCCGAGGCAGAUCACAAAUACUCCCAUCUCCCUCCUCCUCUCUGUCCCUUCCCUCUUCUCCUCCUCCUCCCACCCCUCCCUUUCUUCUGAGCCUGCUCCACUCCCAGCUCCAAUAUGGCAGACUGAGUCCAGAGAGGCAGGUCAACGUGUGCCACUGCCUGUACGAGGCCCAGGACCCAGGCCUGGCCCAGCGUCUACAAGGCUGGCUGCAGGUCCUGGCCCAAAAACAGGUCCCAGACCAGUCUGGCCCAGCCAAGAGGGACUGGAGCGAGCUGGCCUUCCUGCUGCAGCUGAUCCCAGACCUGCAGGAUCUGAAUCUGGAGGCCCAGGGGCUGGACGCAGAGGGCCUGCGCAGACUGCUGCCUGUACUCCCUCUCUUCAGCACCCUCAGGCUAGGGCAGAAUCCACUGGGUCCAGAGGGGGCAGUUGUGUUAGCCUGUGCCAUGCAGAGCCCAGACUGCCGUGUCGAGAGACUGUGGGUGGUGGGAACAGGACUGGGUUGUAAGGGACUCAAGGUGCUUACAGAAGGACUGAAAGACAACCACACAGUGGUCGACCUCAGGAUGGCCAUCAAUCACAUUGGCGAUGUGGGAGCGGGCUGUCUGGCGGAUCUACUGCGGACCAAUCAUACACUUAAAGAUAUCAGGCUCCGUGACAACCAGAUUACUGAUAAGGGAGCAGAACUCCUCCUGGAAGCACUGACUGAGAAUACCACUCUGGAAUAUCUCUGGAUGUUUGACAACAAGUUGUCGAAGGAGGGAGUCAGGAAGCUGAAGGAGUUCGCCAGGGGCACCUCUCAUCUGGACAUCAAAGUGUGCAUCUGAUUUCAUCUGCCUUUCCUGUUGCUGAUGAUAAGACUCCAAGUACUUUAUCAUUGGUGGAUGAUAUAGUUUAUAAUCUGUGUCGUAUGGUACUUUUGCACAUAUACGUGGUAUGAAAGAUGUUAUUAGUAUUUCAUUCUUAUUUUUGUUCAAUCAACUAAGAGUUUACAUUUGGUUGUCAGGUUUUAGUAGGUCAAUGAAUAUAGCCAUUGGUCAAUGAAAUCGUCUGCAAUAGGUUUACACGGUUUUUCAAUAGUUUGCAUUCUUGUGUGUCAGAAAUGCCUCCAAGUAAAGAGCUUAAACGUUUAAACAACACUUCCAUGGAUUGCCAGCAGAGAGCAAUAUACCUGCAUACACAUUACCUACUGGAAGGCUAGGGUCAUAGUCUACUAUGUGCAAAUGAAAUGAUCAUGUUUCCUCUCUAACAAAGCUGGGCAUUAAUGGUUAACAAUAAUUAGUUGGUACACAACUAAAUUUCACUACCUAAAAUUAAUGUUGAAAUGUAUGAAGUUGAGGGUGAAAAAACGAAGUUGAGAGUAUUUCUUUAUUCUACCACAAGAUGUCCCCCUCAAUAUACACAUUUUUGCAGUGUUUUUGUUUGCAUCCUUCCUAGUCUGGUCCAUAGGGACAUGGCAUUAUCCUUUGUUUCCCAAUAUGUCACGUUACCUGAAUAAUAAGGUCAUUUUUUUUCAUGCCCACUCUUUGAUUUUAUUUAAUGAGGGACAGUGCUACUAUUACUACACAUCUAAUUCUAGAUUUUCUCACCUGUUAAGUUAGAAACUCAUAUUACCCUUGUUAUGCACUUUGGAAAAAGUUUGUCAAAAAAAAAAAAAAAAACAUUAAACAACUACUACUGUUUUUGUUUUAUCUAUAAAUAGACUAGGCGAUGUACAAACCUCAAAAUGUAAUUGAAAAUAAAUAAUGAGUGCACCGGUCCUUAUUCAA